GGUAUAUGUACCACGUCCUGACCAAAAACACAACAGUGACCGACCACAAUCGAAACCUACUAGUGGAGACCAUCCGCUCCAUCACAGAGAUCCUCAUCUGGGGCGACCAGAAUGACAGCUCUGUGUUUGACUUCUUUCUGGAGAAGAAUAUGUUUGCCUUCUUCCUCAACAUCCUGCGCCAGAAAUCAGGACGCUACGUCUGCGUCCAACUCCUUCAGACCCUCAACAUUCUGUUUGAGAACAUUAGCCAUGAGACGUCUUUAUAUUACCUCUUGUCGAACAACCAUGUGAACUCCAUCAUUGUCCACAAGUUUGACUUCUCAGACGAGGAGAUCAUGGCCUACUACAUCUCCUUUCUCAAGACCCUCUCACUCAAACUCAACAACCACACCGUGCACUUCUUCUACAAUGAGCACACUAAUGACUUUGCCCUGUACACCGAGGCCAUUAAGUUUUUCAACCACCCUGAAAGCAUGGUCCGCAUCGCAGUCCGCACCAUCACACUCAACGUCUACAAAGUUUCAUACUUAAUUUCAGCUGAGGGCCUCAUGUUGCUCACGACAGUGGACAACCAGCACAUGCUGCACUACAUCCGAGAUAAGACGGCGGUCCCAUAUUUCAGCAACCUGGUGUGGUUUAUUGGCAGCCAUGUCAUCGAAUUGGACAAGUGUGUGCAGACAGAUGAAGAACAUAAGAACCGGGGAAAGUUAAGUGACCUGGUAGCGGAGCACCUCGACCACCUCCACUACCUCAACGACAUCCUCAUCAUCAACUGUGAAUUUCUGAAUGACGUGCUGACGGACCACCUCCUCAACCGUCUGUUCCUGCCCCUCUAUGUGUACUCAUUGGUCAUCCCUGAGACAUCUGAGGAGCGAAAAAUCAACCCUCAGGUGUCCUUGUACCUGCUGUCCCAAGUGUUUCUGAUCAUCCACUAUCGGCCACUGGUCGACGCCCUGGCCGAUGUUAUCCUAAAUGGGGACCUGUCUGUCUUCACACCACAGACAGACAUACACAGCACACAUAAGAGCACGACCACUGCAGGAGGCCUGCGUCGGUUCACCAAGCCCCUCGAGUCUCUGGAGCGCUCCCUGGAGCUGUCCUGCCAUCGUGGCCGCAAGAGAACCCAAAAGAGGCCAAACUACAAGAACCUGGGCGAGGAAGAGGAUGAUGAAAGGGAUGGUGGAGGGGGAGGAGGCGGAGGACUUGGAGGAGAGGAGACCUGGGAUGACAAUGGCAGGGGAGACAGGGAGGGAGGCCGGGAGAAGGGAAAAGGUACAGAGGGAGGAGGAGGAGGUGGGAGUUCUAAGGGAAGCAGAGCAAGUGGGGAGACAGCGGAAGAGAUAGAGAUGGUGGUGAUGGAGAAGUGUAAGGUGUCUGAGCUGACUGAGCAGAACAUCACUGAUGAGGAGAAGACGGCUGCAGCCACCCGCACAUACGCACAGAGAAGCAGACCGUUUUUAGACAUGGUGUACAGUGCCCUUGAUUGCACCAGUGAUGACUACCACGCGCUGUUUGUCCUCUGCCUGCUUUAUGCUGUCUCACACAGCAAAGGUAUAAACCGUGAUCUUCUGGAGAGGCUGCAGCUGCCGGUUCCUGACCAGGAGAGGAGCUCCUACAGCCUGGUGCUGGCAGAGAGACUAAUACGGGUUAUGAGCCAGGCAGCACAACCAGAUGGUAAAGUGCGUCUAGCUACACUGGAGCUGAGCUGCCUUUUAUUGAAGCAGUCAGUGCUGUCUGGAAACCACUGUAUAAUCAAAGAUGUUCAUCUUGCCUGCCUGGAGGGUGCAAGAGAAGAAAGUCUGCAUUUGUUGCGGAGGUUUUACAAGGGAGAGGAGAUCUUUCUGGACAUGUUUGAAGAUGAAUACAGAAGCAUGACGAGUAAACCUCUCAAUGUGGAGUAUCUAAUGAUGGAUGCCUCGGUGCUGCUGCCACCCACGGGCACUCCUUUGACUGGCAUCGACUUUGUCAAGAGACUGCCGUGUGGGGACGUGGAGAAGACACGCAGGGCGAUCCGGGUGUUCUUCAUGUUGCGGUCGCUGUCGCUUCAGCUGCAGGGAGAACCUGAGACACAGCUGCCUCUGACCAGACCUGAAGACCUGAUCAAAACAGAUGAUGUGUUAGACCUCAACAACAGUGACCUCAUAGCCUGCAUGGUGGUCAGUAAAGAUGGCGGCCAGGCCCAGAGGUUCCUCGCUGUAGAUGUGUACCAGAUGAGUUUGGUCGAACCAGAAACCAAACGCCUCGGAUGGGGUGUGGUCAAGUUUGCUGGACUCCUGCAAGACAUGCAGGUGUCUGGUGUUGAGGACGACAGCAGAGCGUUGAACAUAGUCAUCCAUAAGCCCAGCUCCAACCCCCACGCCAAGCCCCUGCCCAUCCUCCAGGCCAACUUCAUCUUCGCUGACCACAUCCGCUGCAUCAUCGCCAAGCAGAGGCUGGCCAAGGGCCGCAUCCAGGCCCGCCGCAUGAAGAUGCAAAGGAUCGCCGCUCUGUUGGACCUGCCAGUGCAGCCCAGUGCGACAGAGGUUCUGGGUUUUGGUCAGACAGCAAAUGCUUCACCCAGCGGCCUCCCUUUCCGGUUCUACGAACAGUCAAGACGGGCCCCCAACGACCCCACAGCAAACAGAUCAGUCUUUGCCUCUGUGGAUAAAGUUCCAGGUUUUGCGGUGGCUCACUGUGUGUCGCAGCACAGUCCCUCACCCCUCUCCUCACCCUCGCCUCCCUCCAGUGGGAGUGGCAGCACAGGGAGAUGUGACUCUGUUACUGCAAGUACUAUAUCAGCUCAAAGUCCGACAGAUGACGGCACAUUUUUGGAGCACACUCCGCCCUCCUCCUCAGGCGGAGAAGGGGAAGGGGGAGGUGGAGAAGUAAUUCUACUCUCCUCUACUCCUUCAUCCCCAGUCCCCGUUCCCACCCUGGCCCCGAGCCUCACCCCGGCCUCCCAGCCCACCAUCUCCCUCCUCACCGACAACAACGCCGACACCCUCAGCGUGGAGUCGCUCACGCUACUACCCCCUUCCGACUCGCCGCACCUGCACCCAUGCGCCAGCCAUGUUCCCACGAUGCACUCACUCCAGAGACCUGAUGCCUCCAUCGCAGAGGAGGAGGAGGAGGUUGAGGAGGAGACAGAGGGAGACAGGAAAGGAGGGCAAAGAGAUGAGGAGGAGAUGCAAGAGGAGGAGGGAUCCCCGACGGAUGAGGCAGUCAAAGAGGCACCCACUGACGAGGCACCAGAGGGGGGUGACGAGCCAGAAGGUGAGGACACACAUCUAGAGGCGGAGCUUUCUGCUGCAGAGUCACAAAAAAGAGACGACUGUGCGGAGAACACAGAAGACGCAGAGACACGUUCAGAAACACCAGACUCAUCUGAACUGGAUUAAACUAAACAGAAAUUCAUGUUCACGUAACGUCAUCUCACACACGCAGAGGACAGUAGAGAGUGAUGGUGAAACCAUCCAGUGAGGCUACAGUAUAUUUUCAUGUUGCGACUUGUUGGAAUGGUGUGAUGUGGAUAAAUCAGGAGGCUUUAGAAGUCAUCUCAACUUUGUGUUUGCACAUGAAGAAAGACUAUUUUUAUGCACAGACAGAAGACGAGUCCAGUCACCGGUGGAACUCAAGGAAGGCUCAAAGCACAUUUGGAUUUUUGUGCGCUCGAGUGUGUCCAGCCGUGUUUUUAGCACGCGUGUGCCGACGCACACAACCAGCAAAGUUUUUUACUCAUUCUGAUCGAUCGUCAGCUCAAAGACACACACACCCUAUUUUUGUGUCUUAUGUUCUCAUAACGGUUUUCACCACUAUUGUUUUGUGGUGGUGGUCACUACUAUGCUAAUACACACACACACACACACACACACA